AUGUCUAUCCCAGAAACUCAAAAAGGUGUUAUCUUCUACGAAUCCCACGGUAAGUUGGAAUACAAAGAUAUUCCAGUUCCAAAGCCAAAGGCCAACGAAUUGUUGAUCAACGUUAAAUACUCUGGUGUUUGUCACACUGACUUGCACGCUUGGCACGGUGACUGGCCAUUGCCAACUAAGUUGCCUUUGGUCGGUGGUCACGAAGGUGCCGGUGUCGUUGUCGCCAUGGGUGAAAACGUCAAGGGCUGGAACAUUGGUGACUACGCCGGUAUCAAAUGGUUGAACGGUUCUUGUAUGGCCUGUGAAUACUGUGAAUUGGGUAACGAAUCCAACUGUCCUCACGCUGACUUGUCUGGUUACACCCACGACGGUUCUUUCCAACAAUAUGCUACCGCUGACGCUGUCCAAGCCGCUCACAUUCCUCAAGGUACCGACUUGGCUGAAGUCGCCCCAGUUUUGUGUGCUGGUAUCACCGUCUACAAGGCUUUGAAGUCUGCUAACUUGAUGGCCGGUCACUGGGUUGCUAUCUCCGGUGCUGCUGGUGGUCUAGGUUCUUUGGCUGUCCAAUACGCCAAGGCUAUGGGUUACAGAGUCUUGGGUAUUGACGGUGGUGAAGGUAAGGAAGAAUUAUUCAGAUCCAUCGGUGGUGAAGUCUUCAUUGACUUCACUAAGGAAAAGGACAUUGUCAACGCCGUUCUAAAGGCCACUGACGGUGGUGCUCACGGUGUCAUCAACGUUUCCGUUUCCGAAGCUGCUAUUGAAGCUUCUACCAGAUACGUUAGAGCUAACGGUACCACCGUUUUGGUUGGUAUGCCAGCUAACGCUAAGUGUUCUUCUGAUGUCUUCAACCAAGUCGUCAAGUCUAUCUCUAUUGUCGGUUCUUACGUCGGUAACAGAGCUGACACCAGAGAAGCUUUGGACUUCUUUGCUAGAGGUUUGGUCAAGUCCCCAAUCAAGGUUGUUGGCUUGUCUACCUUGCCAGAAAUUUACGAAAAGAUGGAAAAGGGUCAAAUCGUCGGUAGAUACGUUGUUGACACUGCUAAAUAA